UCUUGGGUCCUCUGUCCUCUGCCUGCAUUGGGCAGGGUGCCUGCUUCAACUGACCUGCCAGGCUGGGGGGAAGGGGAUUCCCAGCACAGAGGCUUCCCAGAAGCCCGGCCCCACCCCCGCCAUCACAUUGUUCCCCUUGGGCUGUUUUUUCCUGUUCUAGGACCCUCCAAGGCCAGGCCAAGGCUGGCUGGCAAAGGAGUAAGAUCCAGCUUUGCAGCUGAGGAAACUGAGUCAAGGGGCCUCAUACUCCAUGGGCUGUGUGCCCUGUAUCCCAGCAUGCGGGCAGAACCCACCCUUUUGCACCAAAUCCCUGACAUGGCCCAGUGUCCGCAGCAAGGCCUGGGUACAGGCUCCCUAGCCUCCGUAGAACAGUGUCCACACCACCUAGAUGGUACAGGAUGCUUUAUUUCCUUACGCCAUCCUGGCUCCACCUGCUUCCUGCUGUGUAUGAUGUCCUGGGCUUGCGGGCGCUGCGCACCUGCUCCACCUCCCCCAGAAGGGACCGCCUCCUGCCCCUCUGCUUUGCCUGGACGUCCCACCCCGCCAUUGACCCCUCUGGCCCUGGGAGACUCCUCCCCCCUUACACUUCUUCACCAGGAGGUUCCCUGAAUGGGGUGAGAAUGUCGCCUCCUCCCUUUUUCCUGGAAACCCGCUGUUGUGUCACCAUCUGCAGGUGUCAGCGGCCCCGCCCCACUUCCCUGAUUGAUGCCUUAAAGGGGAUCCUCUUUCCCGAGACUUCCCAGGGGCACAGCGCUGCUGCGAGACCCACACACCCGGAGACUCCAGGCCACGGGGCAGGAGGCAGGGAUCCGGGUUUGGAUCCUGCCCAUCUGUCAUGGUGUAGCUGGGCAUUUGGCCUUAGUUUUCUCUGCCUGGGAAGUGGGGUCCCACCCUGAUUCUUGCUCUAAAACCAGCACAAGGGAGGAUUACCCGGAAAGCAGGCGGAGUGGGGUUGUGUCCCGCGCCGGCUUUCCCGGACCUGACCUGGAACCCACGAUGACCGCCUACAUUCUCGUUCUGCUACUGUUCCUCGCCUCCUCAGUUCUGGGGGGCCCGGACCCCUCCAGCAGGCGGCCCUGGCACCAGGUUCCCCGGCACCGAGGCCACCUCUGUUCCCUGGGCACAUGCCAGACGCACCGCCUGCCAGAGAUCAUAUACUGGCUUCGCUCUGCCUCCACCAAGGAGCCCUCCGGGAAGGUCGGUCGUGUACCCCAAGACCCUCAUAGCUACGGGCGCCGGCGGCGGCGCGAGGCGAAACCGCUCCUUCGUCUCCAGGACCCGGGUCUGCAGCAAGGGGAUCAGGACCUUGUCCAGCGCUCUAGAUGACGUUGGACAUGUCUGUGCUCCUGCCCUGGCCUCAGUAUGCCCAUCUGUGUAUUGGGCUACUCCCCUAAAUCUCUUUUCUCCCAGACACCGUCUCUCCCAUCCUCUGCCCAGGCUGUGACUGGGCUGGACUCAGGGGCCACCAGACCCCGCCUGGAAAGAAUCCUAACGUCCAGAGCUGAAUAAAACGAGAG